CCGACUGUCCUCUGGAGCUUUUUCCUCACUUUAAACCUCGCCUGGGAUCAGGUUUUCGGAUGUAGUCAACCUGUGCGAUGACUCCCACAGUAAGCAGGCUGAUCUCAGUGCACACAGCCGGCUUGUGAGCAUGUUGCAGUGACUCUCCUCUCACUCUCUCGCACCCAGCCGGCCGUCGUCAGCUGUUGCUCUGGAGGAGAGAGGAAGAGAAAGGCCGUGUGUGUCGGUGUGUCGGUGCCGGAGGAGCCCAUGGAGAAAGCCACUCCGCCGCCACAGCCCCAGCUCCAGCUGUCGAUAGCGAAGACCGAAAGUCCGGCGGAGGACAUCUCUGGUCUGACCGACGAGGAGCUGCUCAAGUGGGCCAAGGAGGACCUGGUGCGGCGGCUGAGGCGGUCCGAGGCCGACAAGAUGAGCGUGAUCCUGGACCACGGGAAUCUCAUCCGAGAGGUCAAUCGCAGCCUCCAGCUGCACUUGAACGAGAUCAGGGGGCUGAAGGAUAUUAAUCAAAAGCUGCAGGAGGACAACCGUGAGCUGCGAGACUUGUGUUGCUUCCUGGACGAUGACCGCCAGAAAGGCAAGCGUGUAUCCAGGGAGUGGCAGCGCUUGGGACGUUACAGUGCCAGCAUCAUGCGCAAGGAGGUGACCCUCUACCUCCAGAAACUCAAGGAGCUGGAGCUCCGGCAGGAGGAGGUAAUCCGGGAGAACCUAGAGCUGAAGGAGCUCUGUCUGCUGCUGGACGAGGAGAAAGGGGUGGCGGGUGGAGGAGGUGGGAGCGGAGGAAGUGCAGGGGGAGGGAGUGUAGGGUCGGUAGGGUGCCGCAACUCCAUAGACAGCCAGAGUAGUUUGCUGCUGGUGCCCGGCCAGGGCCUCCUGAUGAGGGACGUGGGGGACGGGAGCAGCACCUCCAGCGCAGGGAGUGCCGAUAGCUCCGAUCACCCUCAACACAAGCAGCCUCACCUGGCUCCAGGGGUGGGUGGGGUUGGUAGCGGUGGGGAAAAAGGGAGCCCCGAGCUUGUGCACAAACCCAGGUGCAGCAGCAUCAGUGGAAUAGGAGUCCUAAGUGGAUUAGACAGGGAGGUGUCCAGUCCUGAGCACCCUGCUGGGCGCCACCGGAGUACCAGCCUGGAGUACCCGUACACACUGCCCCAGCUCUGCCGCCCUCGCUGCGGCUCCAUAUCCGUGCCUGACCACAGUCGUGUCAUGCGGGGCCUCAGCCCGGAAAAAUACGGGAGGAACGUGGGCCGACGCAGUCCGGAGCAGCACCCCAAGCACCACAGCUCUGAUCUGCUCCUGGGCCAGAGGCAGCACUUCCUGGGUCAGGGAGGCAGCGGGGAGCUCUACCAGAGGCACCACAGGAGCAGCAUUAGCAGUUUAGGCUGCGGGAGCCCAGAGCCAAGGCAGGCACAUUUAGGGGCCUCUGAGCACCAUGAAAAAGGCUGCGUGGUCCAGGGGGGCAGCCCCGAAACUCAUAGGCACCAGUACAGUAUGAGCCCUGACCACGUGAAGUUUGGCAGCCCUGUGAGAGACGGGCAGAGGAGGCCGGCGGGGGACGAGCUGUCGCCACACCAUCGUGGCAUCUACAAUGGCAUGAAUGCUUUGAUAUCAGCCGGCUGCUGCACCAACAACUGUAGAAAUGUCAAGCUAUGGGACAGCUUUGAUGCCUCCUCUUGACCCCGACUUGACCAGCUAGGCUCCUCACGCGGAGCAGAGGUCGCAGUGGUGCAGCCCUCCUGCGUCUCUGGCCUUGAUAGACACGAGAGCCCCGGGACGCCAUCCUCCACGACUCCGGGUGGCCUGCGGUCCAUGGCUUCUUCCACGUCCACAGCCCUGAAACAGCCUGCCUCCAUGUUUUCAUUUCAACAUAUCCAGAGUUUAUGAGAAGAGGGGGUUUGGGGGGGGAAUGCUAUUAGUACAGUUGGUAAAUCUCACAAGGACUGCCGCGGCUAAAUGGAUUAGAGUGGAUAUCUCUCCAUUCCAAGGGUGACAUGGCUACCUCCAAGAGAGCUCCCAGAGAAAGGGAGGGACGCUGGGGAUCAGUGAGAGAACAUGUAGAGGACUCUGCACUAUUUGUGCUGCUACCCUUUGUUUACAAAUGUACAUCAUAGGCGGAGAAGCACAUAAAUUAAACUUUCUAUACCCUGCUGUUCUUAACCUUUAUUUUUCCCACACUUUUCCCUCCCUGUCUAACCGCUCUCUCCCUCCUCUCCUUCAUCUUCAGAUAUCAAUCGUCUUCAGUGUGUAAUGAGACUGGUGUAAUCUAAUGUUCUGUCUCUCAAAUCCAGCUGAUCACACGAUCGCCAUCGUCUUCAGUGUUUUCAGACAUUUCAACUGGAUUUAAAAACAAAGAAAAAGCAUAUUUGUCAAAGAUGUUCUAGCAAAGUAAAAAAAAAAAAACCUCUUCCUGUGUCUUAAACCGAGAUGGUCACCAUUACUAGCUGCUGACAGAUGUUCUAGUUCUAUAAGAUGCAAUGUUCAGGUGUAAUUUUUUCUUUUUUGUAUUAUCUUCUUUGCUCCCUUAAAGCGCCUAUACUGAAGCUGGGGAGAAGAUUAUCCGUUUCUCCAUGUUGUUUUUUACAAGGAAGUAAAGUCCAAGUAAAAAGUAGAUUAUUGGAUUAGUUUUCUAUAUAUCUAUAUAUAUAAAUAUAAUAUGAUUAUUAUUUUUGACUUA